CGGAGUGCAGCAGCAGCUGGAGCGCAGCAGCAGCAGCGGUGCGCCUCGGCUCAGCUUCACUAACUUAACUCAGCUCACACAGCCGUGUGAACUCACGCAGCUUCGCAGACAUUUAGUUUGUCAUUGUCUUAUUUUGUAUAUAUAAGGACCUGGAGUUUGAUACUCGACUUUGAAGAGCAGAAAAGCAUCUUUUUUUUUUUUUCGGUUAUCGUGACAACUUCUGAAGUCACCUGCCUGCCGUCAGGAACAGCGCGUCCCGAGUGAGAGCGCCAGGAACUGCAGCAGCGCCGCUGUGUUUACACUCCAGCUCCGAGCAACACGGCUACACCGUCGCUUUAAAAGUUAAUUUUUUUUUUCUAAACAAAACAAGCCAUGUGAUCCUGUUUGGAGGACAUGCAUCUAAAUAUGAGUGAAAAUAAUUAUCCGCUAGAAGAUAGAGACAGAGACAGACUUCCUCCCAUCAUAAACCCUAGUUUGGAUCGUGGACCUAAGCUACCUUUCUCCUCCUAUGGGAGUUUCAUCUCCACUCUGAACCACAAGAGAGAGUCAGGCAGUCACAGCCUGUCCACACAGCUCCUCUUACCUGCCGUCCGACAAGUGAGAGAGCUUCCCCCAAUCUAUCCAGACGUGAGACAGAAGCAGCGAAUCUCUAUAGAUGUUUUGCCUCCAGAAGUUAAAGCCCGCUUUGUCUCAGAUCCCAUCAUUCCCAUCCGGACUAAAACUGCCAAAGAGUUUCAAGAAGACGUUGAAAAGGCAACUAUCUCAGGUGAUUGGAAGCAUGUCCAUGAUUUCUACAUGACCACGUUCGAGUCCUUCUUGGAACUCAAUGCUGCUUUUAAGAGAGAAGCAAAUGCUCCAUUCAACACUAUUGAAGACUCAGGAAUAAACACCAAAUUUGUCAAUGCUGUUUAUGAUGCUUUGCUUCACACGCCCCCUGAUACCCAGAAAUCAGUCCUGAAGGGAAUCAUUAAUAGCUUAUUAAGGGAAUGGAAAGGACCACGGACCAAGGAUGACCUGAGGGCUUAUUUCAUACUUGUGCAGAACCCUCAGUACACAAGCACAGCCACAUAUGUCAUCUAUGCUCACUUACUGCGGCAAAUAGCCACGCUGCCUGAAGCAGAUCACCAUUUCCUGAUGCACUGGUUUAAGAAGCUAUCUCAGAAGCGUUUUAAGCAGCUGGUGGAACGCCUACAGCUCUUCAUCACCACACGGCUGUUCCCUGCCAAACCAGAGGAGCUACCGCCCAUGUCCAAGUGCUCAUGGUGGAUCCCAUCAGCCACCAAGGUUCUCUCCCUGCUCAAUGCUGCAAACAGCAUUUCUCCUUCUCCCAUCAUCCCCUUCUCUGAGUUUUACAAUCUCACACUGGACCACAUUGACUUCAUGGAGGACUACCAGACGUGGCAAGCUCAUGGAAAUUCCAACAGGUUCACGUUCUGCCAGUAUCCGUUUAUCCUGUCUACGGUGGUGAAGAAGGCCAUUAUCCAAAGAGACUCUGAGCAACAGAUGAUCAGUAUGGCCAGGCAAACCCUGGUGGACAAGGUCUCUCGCAGACAGAGGGUGGAUAUGAGUCUGCUUUUUCUCAACAUUAAAGUAAGACGGCUGCAGCUGGUCAGUGACUCACUGGAUGAGCUUUCAAGAAAGAGAGCAGACUUGAAGAAAAAGCUUAAAGUGACAUUUGUUGGGGAAGCAGGCUUGGACAUGGGAGGACUCACAAAGGAAUGGUUUCUUCUCCUGAUUCGACAGAUUUUUCACACUGACUAUGGCAUGUUCACAUAUGUGAAGGAAUCUCAGUGUCACUGGUUCAGCAACUGGAAGUGUGACAACUGCUCAGAGUACAGACUGGUUGGAGCUCUCAUGGGCCUAGCCGUGUACAACAGCAUCACCCUGGACAUCAGAUUCCCACCCUGCGUCUACAAGAAGCUGCUGACUCCUCCCAUUGUGCCAUGUGACCUUGAUGCCCCUGUUGGCAUGGCAUCCCUCACCCUGGACGACUUGCAGCAAAUCAUGCCUGAUCUUGCACAUGGCUUCUCAGAGCUGCUCAGCUAUGAAGGAAAUGUUGAAGAGGACUUCUAUACGACCUUUCAGGUUUUCCAAGAAGAACUUGGAGUUGUCAAGUCCUAUAACCUGAAACCAGGUGGAGAUAAAAUCCCUGUGACUAACCAAAACCGAAAAGAGUACGUCCAGCUGUACAUCGAUUUCCUGCUGAAUAAGUUCAUCUACAGACAGUUUGCCGCCUUCUACCAUGGCUUUCACAGUGUAUGUGCUUCUAAUGCUUUGAUGUUGCUGAGGCCAGAAGAAGUUGAGAUCUUGGUAUGUGGGAGUCCCAAUCUGGACAUGAGCUCUCUGCAGAGGGUGGCGCAGUAUGAGGGCUACAGCAAGACAGACCUUACUAUACGUGCAUUUUGGGAUGUGGUUCUAGCUUUCCCUCUGGAUCUGCAAAAGAGGCUUCUUCACUUCACAACAGGAAGUGACCGUGUUCCUGUGGGAGGGAUGGCAGACCUCAACUUCAAGAUCUCUAAGAUUGAUGUUUCCACAGACUGGUUACCCGUUUCGCACACAUGCUUCAACCAGAUCUGCCUGCCACCCUACAAGAGCAAGAAAGAACUACGGCUAAAGCUAACCAUUGCCAUUUCCAAUGCUGAAGGUUUUGGCUUGGAGUAGUUUGACGGCCUAAAGGAAAAGGAAUACUCAACAUCAUACUUUUAUUCCUGUUGUUUUUUGUUUAGUGGUUGCAUAUUUGGCCCCAGUAGUAAAUGAUUUACGCACUGUAACUGUCCUUAAAGCUACAUAUGAAGAUUCAAUAGUAUUUGGCCAUUUGAUAUGGCUGUGAUUGUGUUGUGCUAUAUACAGUG